GGGGGUAAAGAAGUGUGUUUUGUUUUUGUCUAUCGUCAACGAACCUCUACCGUCAGCUCCAGCUCGACAAGAGCAGCCCGCGUUCAGGAAUAUGUGUCUCAUCGACGUCAGAUAGCCGACCAGCGUUCGAAUACUAUGCAGUUCAUCAACGGGACUGGUUGGGAUGAGCUACGAGCACCAGCGACGGAUCCCACAGCCUACGACGAGUGCUGGAGACGAUCGCUCGGACUCGUCGUCGCCGAGCUUGUUGACGUCGUCGUGUUCGUUCUGUAGAGUGAGUGUGUGACUGUGUUGCCUCGAAUCGGCAGACAAGUCGACGGCUGGAAAACUCGUCGUCGUUGUCGUCGUCGCCGCAACACUACUUGCUCAAUCGUUCGAGUAGCUGUUGCAGGACACGGAUCAACAUGUGUGACAAGGUGAAGGUGGCCGUCAGAGUGCGGCCACUCAAUCGCAGAGAGCAAAGUCUCGGGACAAAAUGUGUGGUCGAAAUGGAACAGGGUCAGACCAUCCUGUACAAGAGCUCCGCGACGAACCAUCAGCAGCCAAAGACCUUCGCGUUCGAUCAUUGCUUCUGGUCUUACAAUCCGGACGAUUCUCACUUCGCAUCACAAAAGGAUGUUUACCACGAUAUCGGAACCGCCCUGCUCGACAACGCCAUCGAGGGCUACAAUGCGUGUAUAUUCGCCUACGGCCAAACUGGUUCCGGGAAAUCCUACACGAUGAUGGGCUGCAAAGACGAUAAAGGAUUGAUUCCUCGCUUGUGCGACGAUCUCUUCGAAAGAAUAGCCAGCAACGAUGACUCGAACGUCAGCUAUAAGGUCGAAGUUUCCUAUAUGGAAAUCUAUAACGAAAAAGUCCAUGAUCUUCUCGACAUCAGCGGCAGCAAACAGCAGCUUCGAGUUAGGGAGCACAACAUCAUGGGAACCUAUGUCGAGAAUCUUUCCAAACACGCCGUUACCUCAUACGAUCAGAUCAACGAGCUCAUGGCUCAAGGCAACAAGAGCCGAACGGUAGCCUUUACGAAUAUGAAUGCCGAAUCUUCGAGAUCGCACGCUGUUUUCAACAUCACGCUUACUUGCACGAUAAACGAUCCGACGACGAACUCGCAAGGCGAGAAAAUGUCGAAAAUGAGUCUGGUCGAUUUGGCCGGCUCUGAACGAGCGACGAAGACGGGGGCCGUGGGUGAUCGUUUGAAGGAAGGCUCAAACAUCAACAAAUCCUUGACGACCUUGGGAAUGGUCAUCUCGAAAUUAGCCGAGGGCAAAACGUCCAGCCAAUUCAUCCCGUACCGAGACUCGGUCUUGACGUGGCUCCUCAAGGAUAAACUCGGAGGCAACUCAAAAACCGUCAUGGUCGCGACGAUAAGUCCCGCAGCGGACAAUUACGAGGAGACGCUGUCCACGCUACGGUACGCCGACCGCGCCAAGAGGAUCGUGAACCACGCCGUCGUCAACGAAGACCCCAACGCCAAACUCAUCCGACAACUGAAACAGCAGGUCGAGGAGCUGAAGGCCCGACUGAUGCAAGCCCAGAGCGCGGAUGUGUCGGCUCGGCUCGAGGAGAGCGAAUCGUUGAUGAAAGAAAUAUCCCAACCGUGGGAGGAGAAAGUCAAACACACCGAGCAGGUCCACAUCCAGCGGCAGCAGGCGCUCGAGAAAAUGGGAAUAUCGGUCGAAGCCGACGGUAUCAAGGUCGAGAGCGACAAAUUCUAUCUGGUCAACCUGAACGCCGAUCCCUCGCUCAACGAAAUGCUCCUCUUCAACAUCAAGAAAGAACGAACGCUCGUGGGACGGCCCGAGCUCGAGCGACCGAACGUCCAGCCGGACAUCCACCUAUUCGGUAUCGGUAUCCAGAACGAACACUGUAGUCUGCUCAUCGAGAACGGUGAGGAGCUCUGGAUCGAACCGAUCGAUGGUGCGCGAACCUGUGUCAACGGCGUGGUGGUCAGCGAGAGACGGUUACUACGGAACGGUGACCGAAUUUUCUGGGGAAAUCACCACUUCUUCCGCGUCACGUGCCCCCAGAAACAGUUGUCGGCCGAGCAAGUUGCCCAGAAGUCGACUGAGCCGCCCAUCGAUUAUCAAUUCGCUCGGGAGGAACUCAUGCUCCAGGAACUUUCCAACGAUCCCAUCCAGACGGCGAUCGCCACCCUCGAACGGCAGCACGAAGAAGACAAGAACCUCGCUCUGGAGAAACAACGCCAGAUGUACGAGAAGCAACUUCAGAUUCUCCGCGAACAGAUGUCACCGACAACCCCGUACGCUCCGUACGUGGGUCUGGAACGAGCUGCGCAGGAAAGUUGGGCGAAGGAACGGGAUCAUCUAUUCAAGGUUAGCCUCGCAAAACUUCGCGAACAAACGGCGAGCGCCAACGACCUAGUCCGUGAGGCCAACCUGCUGUCGGAGCAGCUCAAUAAGAACACGGUGUUCCGAGUGACGCUGCAAAUUCCCGCGGCGAAUCUUACGCCCAACCGAAAGAAGAGCGCGUUCGUGUCCGAGCCAGCGAUUCUGGUUUCGCGGCCAGGUAUGAGUUCGCAGGUCUGGUCGAUGGAGAAACUCGAGAACAAACUGAUCGACAUGCGGGAGCUCUUCAACGAGAGCGGCUCUUCGCUUCCGCCCAACCCCGAGCUGCGCACAGAUCUGGAUCCGUUUUUUGAGUCCCAGGAAAACCACUCGCUCGUCGGAGUGGCCAACAUGUUCCUCGGAGCGGUGUUCCAUGAUGUCAAGCUGGCUUACCAAGUACCAAUCAUCAGCCAGCAGGGGGAGGUGGCGGGUCGGCUGCACAUGGAGAUCUGUCGAACUCAGGGCAGCCUGGAUCGCGUGGCCGACUGCUGUUCUUCCUCAUCGUCUUCGAACAACGAGCGCUCGACGACCAACUCUUCCAACAACAACAACAAUAAUUCUUCAGCGCAUCCGAACGCGUCUGCCAGCAGCACGACAGCGGUCGCUAACGGAGCCGCCGGCCAGGCCGCAUUGGAGACGAGCACGACGUCGGUAGACGGAAUGACCGCAUCGCAACGCUUUGUCCGCAUCCGGGUGACCAUCAAGGAGGCCACCGGAAUUCCCUCCGCGCUUUGCAACUUUGUCUUCUGCCAGUAUUCGUUCUGGGGCAACAACGUAACCGUCGCACCCUUGGACGAAGCCCAGGACGCUCCGGGCGGGGGGACUCACCACAAUCCACCGAAGAUCCCUCCGUCGACAUCAUCGUCAUCGAAUUCAUCUUCGUCGUCAUCAUCAUCAUCAUCCUCAUCAGUCAUACGCUUCGACCAUACCAAGGAAUUCGAUCUGGCGGUAACCGAGGACUUCGUGGAGUAUUGCCUCGAAGGCGCGCUCAGCGUCGAGGUGUUCGGGCACACAAGUUCCGGAUUCUCCAGCCAGCCUAAGCAGCACAUUGAGACGGAAGAAUCGACCAAGCAGAUAGUAUGCUUUGCUUGCCUCCAUUACUAUUAUUAUCACUAUUAUUUAUACGUUUCGACGCUCUUCCAAAGUACCGAGGGUGAUUCGUGUCCGUUGGAUCACUCCGUCACGACCAGAUCGGAGAUUUUGAUGGAGCUCGGUAAUCAUGCGGAGCUUGUGGACUCGGAACAAGCACCCGUAGACUCGCCGCCCUCGUCACCGACUCCCCGCUAUCCGAUGAAGGCGAUGAGCGCCCCUAGGCCGAUGAUCGAUUAUUCUCAGCGUCCGUCUUCUCCGAUGUUCCGAACGUCGUGCGGAUCUUCGCCGAACGGGGCCUUCGGUGCGAUCAUCUUAAAUCCUCUCAGAGCUUUGUUCCAAGCCCUAGUACACGGUCCUCUUUGGUUCAUAAACCAGGCCGGUCAAGAGGUUGCUAAAGGAGCCCAUGAGAGGAAACAGUUCGAGGAAGCGGUUAAAUUCGUCAGCAAACAAAACGGUCACCUCGGGGGCAACGGAAUAUCGCUUGGAGUAGGAAGCGAACACUCACUCGCCGCCCGUUGGUGUGAGUUGAAGCGGAAGUUGGAACUGUGGCUGGAAAUCCAUGAGCUCAAUGAGCAAGGAGAGUACGCUCCGGUGGAAGUCACUCCUCGAUCCGACGUGGCCACCGGUGGCGUUUUUCAGCUCCGGCAAGGACAGCAGCGUCGCCUCGUGGUAUCCGUCUCGGCGGCGCCGAACUCAGGAACGCUUCCUCUCAGUUGCGAGGCGAUAACGCAGGUCUCAAUCGGAGGUCUCUGCGCCCGCAAGAUUGCGCUCCAAAAACCACUUGAUUCCUACCAAGACGACGAUCUCAAAACUCUACGGGACAAGUGGGUUGCGGUGUUGGACAAGCGCAAGCAGUACCUCCAUCAGCAACUUGUCAAAAUGAGCGCCAAGGAAGACAAGAACGAACAGGAAACUGAGCGGGAGCGCCAACUCUUGGAACAAUGGAUGCGCCUUCAGGAAGAACGUGACGCGGUGUACACCCCGCAGCCCGGCUCCCAAGUUCCGGGUGCGCCUGCCGAAACCGAAACGUCCUUGAGCCUUACCGGAAUGGAGCACCACACUCCUGUGCUCUUCCUCGAUCUCAGCAACGACGACAUGAAUUUGCAACCAGCCCAAAUCCCCGGCGCCAACUCGAUUCUCUGCAAGGAGCUGGGCAGCGCACAAUUCCCGCUGCCCAUUGUGCGCGGGGAGGACAACCGCGUCGUCGUAGCGUGGGACUCAUCGAUCCACGAUUCACCCCUGCUGAACGCGGCCACUAAUCCCCAAGACCGGAUUUAUUUGAUUCUCAAAGCCAAGGUGCGCCUGUCGCAUCCGGUGUCUAUUGAUAUCAUCCUGAGGAAGCGCUUCGCGAUCAAUGUUUAUAAGAGGCAGACGCUAACCGAGAAGAUACGCAAGAGAAUCUCCGGAUCGCCCAAUUUAUACCGCUCAGGGGUGACGUACGAGAUCGUAGGAUCCAUUCCGAAAGCAUGCGAGGACUUAGAGGGUCGCGAAACGUUAGCGCUCAUGGCUGCCCAAGGCCUGGACGAUGUUGCUGCCGACGGCGAAUCGUAUAUCGAAAAAUACACCAAAGUUGUUAUUUCUGUCGAAUCCAUCCUCAAUCUCGACAAGCUCCGACAGGAUGUAGCCGUCAAAGAACUCCUGCAUUCCCAAGGCAGACCGAUCCGCAAAACACUCUCGGUCCCCAACAUAGCGCAGAGCAUGUCUUCCAGCAUGACAUCUUCGAUGUUAAAGCAGAACCUUAUGUCCUUGUCUAUGUACGACGAGUCGACGAGCAAUGGAGUUCUUGCCAACGCUUACCAGAACGGCAAUGGAACGCUGUCUCAUAACUCAUCUUAUGGAGAUGGCCUGGACAAGCUGAAAGACGCCGCCAAUGUCAUGACCGCUGCCUGUCGACCAACUUUCCUGAACUUGAAUUUUAACCUCAACCACAGACAGUCUUCUCUGAAACAUUCUCCUGCGACCUCUGCUUUAGUUGCCCAGAAGCUGAAGCCUCUCCGACCGCUGAUUGAAGAGAAUCUGGAAUCGAUUUCCAUUCUCUCUCAAUCUGAUCAUGAGGAUGACGAAACAAUGAUCCGUCGAUCGAACACCUCAGACAGCAUCGAGCCAAAAAGCCUAGUUUCGAGCGGAUAUGGGUCGCAGGCACUCUCGACGGAAGAUUCGCCUACGAGAUGA